AUGUUCAGAAGAGUCGCAGCAGUCGUGCCGCAGGUCGGCCGGGUCGUCGCAAGCAAUGCCCGCCCGAUGAUCGCUUCUCCGGUCCGCUCAGCAUCUGCACCCGCCACAGUAGCCGUCAACUCGAGGCGGCAGUACCACGAGAAAGAUAAGUCACCCUUUACGCAUCACUACAACAAGCCGCGAAAUGUCGGUUCCAUGUCCAAGACCGACACAGACGUUGGCACCGGGCUCGUCGGCGCACCCGCUUGCGGCGACGUGAUGAAGCUGCAGAUCCGCGUCGACCCCGACAACAACACCAUCAGUGACGUCAAGUUCAAGACCUUCGGCUGCGGAAGCGCGAUCGCGAGCUCGAGCUACCUGACCGAGCUGGUGCGCGGGAUGACGCUCGAGGACGCUGCCAAGAUCCGGAAUACUGAGAUUGCGAAGGAGCUGUGCUUGCCGCCUGUGAAGCUGCACUGCUCCAUGCUCGCCGAAGACGCCAUCAAGUCCGCCAUCUCAAACUACUACACCAAGAACCCUGCUGCACGGAAAACCGAUCUCGGCGGCACCGGCGCCGCGAUGCCGAAGAUCGAGGUAGAGACCAUCACAGAGCCCAAGGCGGCGACCGCGUAA